AGGAAUCUGUACCCCCAGGACGUGGGCUUUUCAUGUCCCUCACCGGUGAACGGGUGUCGGGGACCCACCGAUUGUCUCUACAAAUUUCCCGGCGAUUGCACCAAAUUCUUCCACUGCAGUGCCGGUGGACAGGCAUUUAUAAUGGACUGUCCUAUUGGCACCCAAUGGAAUGAUAUAAAACGCAUAUAUAAUUGCCGAACGUUUUCGGUCAACAUUGUGACCAUCAUCAGGGCUAAGAUCCACAAACUCGACAACAAGUACUUCGGCACCAAUUUCCACGACUACAGUGUCGACGAUUGCGUCCUCAAUAACGGCCACCACUUUGAUCACAACGACUGAACUCUCGACCACAACUGGUUCCGCAAACGCUUCAUCGACAGCGCCAACAGUCUCCGAGAGCACCACAAAUACAAUGACCACAACCUCCUCAUCAACACAACCGUCCAGUACUGAAGAAUCUUCCAAUAGCUCAAGCGCUGCACCACUUGUUGUGUCCACAACUGAGGCGACAACCGUUACGUCUAUGACUGAGACAAACACAAUGACAGAGAACUCGACAUCAAUGGAGACCACAACUCAAGAAUCAAUUAAUUCUUCGAGUAUUACGACAACAGGUUUGUCCACAUCUGUCGAGACAACUACGGCCUCUGGAAACUCCUCAUCAACUACUUCACCGACUGUCACAUCCAAUAGUGUCACCACAAUGGCUAAUAUGUAUCCCCAGGAUAUGAACUAUACCUGUCCCUCAUCUGUAAGCCAAUGCACGGGACCCACAGAUUGUCUCUUUUCAUUCCCCGGUAAUUGCAGUCUAUUUGUUAGCUGUGAUGACGGGGGACAGGCAUUCAUAAUGAACUGUCCCAUUGGUAGCGAGUGGAAUGAUGCAACC